AUGGAAAAACUAGCGCUCCCGAUCAGAUCUACCAUUGUGUCCCAAGUCUACGGCGGUUCUGGUACUACAGACAAUCUCCGAGUGCCUACUUAUCGGCUGCGUUUUAUAUUCUACGAAGAGGAUGCACAACAUUGGCAAGUUAGCUUAACAUUAGUCUCGGACAAUCCAAACGAACUAUACGAUGAUGACGAACAUCCCUAUGAAUAUUCGAGUUUCGAAAUGCCAAGUAUUUAUAAAUCACUGAGCGUAGACAAACCAGCCGAUAUUAAACUUUUAAGUGCUGGACUUUCGUUACUAUUCUGUAACGACAAUCCAUCUAAUGAACGCAAACUGAGUAAUCCUCAUGAAAUGGCAGAAAAGUACUAUAAUUUAUUUCUAAAUGAUAACAAUAAUUCUGUCAGUUACACCGGUCUUGCCAUAGUUGCUCAUCAAAGAGGUAAAUCCCUCGAAGAAGAGAAUAAGCAUUUUAACUUUGGAGAAUUGAUUGAUAAGAUAUUAUCGUCCAAUAAAUUUAUCAAGCAACUCGCCGAAUUGAUUCAGAAAGAAUUUCAAUUAAAUGAUCAAACAAUUAUUACAUUCGCUGAUCGUCUGGGUCAAUUAGAAAACAAACAGCAACAAGAAGUCGAAAAAAUGAGUGAAGCUAAUUCUGUAUUAGAAAUAAAAAGAUUAUGCGAUGAACAGAAAGCGGCCUUGGAGCUUAGU